UUUCCUUGGGUUACCAAGGAAACCGUAAACGGGUCAAGGCUCACCGUGCGCUCCUCUGGUGACAGUCAGCACCGACACCUGCGGAUCUCAGCAGGAACCAGAGGCCCCAUCAAGAUGGAAAAAGUCACAGCUGAGAUACAGCAACGUGACCAAGAGGAAGCCAAAGGCAACCGGCAAACAACUACCCAUCCUGGGGCCAGAGUUUGCCGUAAUCUUGUCAGCCUACCUGUUCUAAACCUGGGUAGACUGAGAGAAGCCAAAGCCCUUGUAGACAAAGCUGUCAAGAUGCAUAAGGUGUUCUCUAUCCAGGGCAGGUAUCCUGUAAUCAGGGAAGCCCUGAGGGCUAGAGGUUGGGUUGAGCAGCGUAUGGUCUGCUCUAAGCGUCAAGUGCACCACCAUCGAAGCGGUGAGAGGAGAGCCAGCUCAAAUGAUGCUGGGGACAAUGGUACUGAUGAUGACAACUCAAAUGAUCCUGAAAAAGAACAAAACCCUGACAGACUACAUAAUCUCAUGUCUCGCCUGGUGCAGAAUGAAAUGGUUUAUUUCUACUGGACAAACUGUAGAGACGCCAUCAAAACUAACAGCUUGCAUAAGGAACAGAUGACUAAUCAUUUUGCAAAGGCAGGCAGCUUCACCACCAAGACAGGUUUGUGUUUGAAUCUGAGGAACCUGAAGUGGUUUGAUUCAGCUGACCCAGACACCUUCUUCCCCCGCUGUUACAGACUAGCAGCACUGGAUGAGAGGCAUGACUUCAUUGAUGACUACAGGAGGACUGCAUGCACCAGUCUUCUGAAGUACAUUGUGGAGAGGGACCAAGAUGUUCAGGGACAGAGAAUAAGCCACAGCAUACAAACUGUUAAGGAUAAGAAACUACGCAAACAGUGGUCUAGGCCAGUGGAUAUUUCCCAAAUGAUCAACAGUGCACUCAGAGUUUGCCAGGAGUUCCUGGAAAGUCUGGACCACAGUGACUUAGACACAAGCUUGGACACACAGUGCACACCUACACAGGAAGAGUGGGCAAAGUUUUUAGACAGUUACUAUCUUGUUGUUCAUGGUGAAGCAGAGAUUAAGAGCAGUGAUUAUUUAGUCCCCCGCUGCGAGGCCAUGCUGCAGAGGAUGAAGAGGGUCAAUCCACAGCUGGAUAUGGAAGGCAUACAUAACAUCUGGAUCAUCAAACCUGGAGCAAAGUCCAGAGGCAGGGGGAUCAAAUGUGCAAAUCGUCUUGAUCAGAUCCUCAGCCUGGUGGACGGUGAUCCAAAGCUUAUUAGGGAAAGCAAAUGGGUGGUGCAGAAGUACCUGGAGCGCCCCUUUCUGAUCCAUGGCACCAAGUUUGAUGUGCGCCAGUGGUUCCUGGUCACUAACUGGAACCCUCUGACAGUGUGGUUCUACAAAAAGUGCUACUUGCGCUUUUCCACACAGCCUUACACACUAGAUAAGAUGGACAGCUCUGUGCACUUGUGUAACAACUCCAUCCAGAAGCACUUGAGGCCCUCCCUACAGCGGCACAGAAGCAUUCCAGCAGACAAUAUGUGGUCAGUUGACCAGUUCAAGACAUUUCUGUGUACCCAGGACCAGGAAGCUCAGUGGGACACUGUAGUAGUGCCAGGAAUGAAGAGCGCUCUGAUCCACACAUUACAGACAGCACAGGAUCUGAUAGAGUCACGCAAAAACACAUUUGAGCUCUAUGGUGCUGAUUUCAUGUUCGAUCGUGACCUGUGUCCAUGGCUAAUAGAAAUCAAUGCUAGUCCCACCAUGGCUCCAUCAACCCCAGUGACAGCCCGUCUCUGCGCUGCAGUGCAGGAGGACACUUUACGAGUCGUCCUGGAUCGGAGAGUUGACUGUACUGCAAACACAGGAGACUUUCAGCUCAUACACAGACAGGCAGCUGUGGAAGUCCCUCGGUACGUAGGAAUCAAUCUGCUUGUUGAGGGCUUCACUCUUAAAGGCCCCUGCCCACCUCCUCCGUUGAAGUCCUGCAGUCGUUCAGUGCCAAGACAUCGAGGCCGCAUCAAAGCCAAGAAUCCUUUGGCAGAAAAGUAAAGCCUCUUCUUAAAAUGCCAUUAAAGGAUACAGCUCAAAAACACCAACAGAAGAGUUCUACUACCUCCUCCUCUCCCUUCUAAACUACUCACUCCCACAAAAACCUUCACAACUCACCUGCCAGCCACAAGUCCAGCCACAAUCUGCACAAUCUGUGCUUUUGUGGGUGAGGAGAGCACACUGUGCACGAUAGGCAGUAAUACACCUUUGCCUCCUUAACUGCCUAAAAUUAUUCAAAGGGAAGCUUGUUUUCCAAAGAACUGACGCACUCCUUUAGUCUGCACUUUCUUUUUGCAGGGAUUUUUUUUUAGCCUUCUUCACAUUAAAGCCCGAAUUUAAUGGA